UCAUAUACCGAUCAUUAGCGGCUAUCUGCAGAAGUGGGACUCGAUCGAAUUGAAUUAUUCAAAGUUGAAGCAAAAAAGCAUGUGCUGAAUUCUGAACCUUGAAAUCUUGAAUUUCAAAUUCACAAUGGCGGCAGCGGCAGCAGCAAGAACCUUCCGAAAAGGAACGAAGCAAGUCUAUUUACCCGACCACUGCAUCACGCUCCUGCGCCCGCCGGAGAAGCAGCCAGCAACGUUCGCGACGUUCCGGGUGCCGCUGACCUUCAACAAGCUGGACAUGCGCGACUACCUCUUGCACGCGUACUCGGUGCCGACGCUGGGGGUGCGGUCGCAGCUGACGCAGCGGCGGCCCGAGCGCUCCAAGGUGCACCACCGCAUCUACCGCCCGCCGCCCAUCAAGACGAUGACGGUCGAGCUGCUGCAGCCCUUCGCGUGGCCCGCCGAGCCCGACGACAAGUCCGCCUGGAACCCGCCCCACCUCGAGCGCCGCAAGCGCGAGUCCGAGAAGCAGGAGAAGUGGCAGAAGGACGCCCAGACCAAGGGCACGUUCCCGCUGCGCGACGAGAUCGGCGCGACGCCCGCGAGGAAGGAGCUGAGGAGGGAGGCGCAGAGGCUGUUGACGGUGGGGAGGUGGGAGAAUGAGAAGACGCUGGAUCCGAAGUUCAGUAAGGAUAAGAAGAGCAGGCGGGAGAAAUGAGGGGGGUGCUGGACGGAGUAAAAGCGAUAUUUUAUCGUGGGGAUGGAAGUCGAGUAAACGUAGUCAAGAUACGUUAAGAAUAUCUCUUUAAGACGUGUUAAGAGGUUUUUGAUACGUGACUGGAAUUGGGCGAUGGUUAUGCGUACGACUGUGGGUUUUCGUCACGAAAGGCUACGUCCAUAUCCACCUACUUGUAUAGUAUGCGUGGUAAAGUAAGAGCCAAUAUAGAAGCUCAAGUGGCAUUUUAUAUAU